AAACUUCAGACAACGUUUGUUCGCAGUACACGAGUUUCAUUACUUGAACGUGCUUCCAGUCGGAGUACGUAUGGUGUAUGACGACUUAGACUGUACCUUCAAAUGCCUUUACCAUCCUACAUGUAUUUCUGUGAAUCUGGUCGCUGAAGGAGGACUGUGGUGUGAGCUACUGUCGUCUGAUAAGUACAGCAAUCCCAAGGAGUUCAAACAAAACAAGAGCUCGCAUCAUUAUCAAAUUAUCUCGCCUUGUUCCAACAAUCCAUGCGACAAUGGUGGGACUUGCGUGGCCUACCACGAGGAUGAGACGUUUAAAUGCAUAUGCAAAAGUGGUUUCAUCGGAGAACAAUGUGAGAAAGACAUAGAUGAGUGUUCUACAGGAAAUGACAACUGCAGUGCUAACUCUGAGUGCAGCAAUACCAAGGGUUCGUACAGUUGUACUUGUAAACCGGGAUAUUCUGGAGAUGGACGAACUUGUAAAGAUUUCGACGAAUGUUCAACUGCAGAAACCCACAACUGCUACGCUGAUGCAGUAUGCAACAAUACCAUGGGAUCGUACACCUGUUCAUGCAAAACUGGAUACUUUGGAGAUGGAUGGACUUGCAAAGAUAUUGAUGAAUGUGCUACAGGAAAACAGAAGUGUAGUGCUGAUGCAGAGUGCAAUAAUACCAAGGGAUCGUACAACUGUACAUGUAAACCUGGAUAUUCUGGAGAUGGACGGACUUGCAAUGUAUCGACGUGCAAAGAAAUUUACGCCAAGAAUAUAUCGAACGUGAGUGGAGUGAUGACGCUGUACCUCGAUUCAAAACCGGUUUCCAUUUUCUGUCAUAUGGGAAAUUUUGGUUGUGGAGAUGGAGGAUGGACUCCAGUUAUGAAAACUGAUGGCAAUAAGGUUACUUUCCAUUACAAUUCUAGCCUUUGGAUAAGCAAGUCUGACUAUAACCUUCCAGGAGGUGCGACUGGUUUUGACAGGCAAGAGACCAAGUUACCAACUUUUUGGAACACACCCUUCGAGAAAAUCUGUCUCGGUAUGAAGAUCGAUAACCUUACUAACUUCAUUUUAGUCAAUAAGACGGCUGUCUCGCUACAUUCGCUGAUAGCUGACGGGAAAUAUCGCAACACGUCGCUGGGUCUCACGUUGUGGAAAUCGCUAAUUGGCUCCAACGCCUCUUUGCAGACCAGCUGUGUAAGAGAAGGGUUCAAUGCUGUGUGUAGCGACAAAAAAGCGUCAAAAGCGAGAAUCGGGAUCAUUGCUGACGAUAAAGAAGACUGCAGCGACUGUGAUUCUAGAAUUGGAUUUGGUACAGGGGGAUAUCAGGAUGAUAAUCACACUUGCGGAAACGAAGCAACAUACUCCCCAGACAAUGGAAGUAGGCACAUCAAAGCCAUGGGAUAUAUCUUGGUGCAGUAACUCUCACUGCCUCCCUACCCUUUAUGCAAAAACGUCCUUGACUGUUUCGCAUGCUCAGAUAUCAGUGCACUUAAAAAAUAGCUUCAAAAUAGGAUUGAAAAGCGCUUAUAGGAAGCCUCUGUAGUAAUAAAACGAUUUGAUUAGUUUCGCCUAUUCAAUGUUUGAUCAGCGAUCUCCGUCAUAUAUACAUAUAUCAAAGAGAGCGUCAUUUACACGUAUGUCAAAGAGACAGCUUCAAAGGGCUUCUUUGGAGAGUCCAUCAGGACCGGGAUCAACAAGAAAAUGAAGGAUGCGAUGAUACAGACUAUUCGUAUUUAACAAUGUUUUAACCAUGUUUAAAACCAUCGGAAUAAAAGCAUUGUCCUCUAAGACAAAUAUCGCACACCCAAAGUGAACUGUUGCCUCUCCACACCUGAUAUCUAAUGGACACUUCCUCUCCUUAAACUCACCAAGGCUGCCGAAAAAACAAGUCCAUAACCACGUGCGUUCCAGGAAAGGAAUGGAAAGACCACAACUACAUAGGAACCUUUAAGAUGAAUCAUUGAAUACUGAAAACAAUAACAAAUAAAAUAAAAAUAGGACCAA